AUGACGAGCAUUUUCGGGAUUAAUGUGGAACUCUCCGAACUGGGUCGAACCGCUCCUACCACGGUGGCCGAUCACGUUUUCUCGUAUCUACGCAUGCUUCGGGACGCCGCAAAUUUCAGUUUGGCCAACCCUUUGGCCACCUCGACACCGUGGAAUGAUCGCACCUUCGCGUCUCUCGUGCCUGAGUUUGAGAAACUGUGGGCGUCGAAUUUUCGUUUCCAGGAGCCUCUGGAGCCCUCUACCAACGUGCAAACGAUUGCCACGGGAAUGCGAAAGUUUCCGCCUCAUGAGGUUUUCAUCGCAGAAUCGCUGAUUCUGGAACCAGAUCUGAAGACGUACGUGGAUGUGGUGCGUCAACUGACACCGGAGAAGGCGAUUAUGAUAGUGACUCUGCCGGAAUUGAACGCGCAGUCGGCGGCAGACACGAAGGAGGAGGUGUUUCGGAGGGAGCCGUGGUUUGACAUUCGCUAUGCCGUCGAUGAGAUAUCGGAUGAGCAGAUACGGCGAUGGCAGAACUCGCCGGGACUGGCCGAAUUUCGUCUUCCGGAGGUGAACCGAUUUAUAACGACGGAUUUUGAGUUGCUGCCGUCGGGGGACGACAACGAGGUGCCGGUGAAGGUGGGUUUGGGAGCGAUGCAAGGGUUUGGGGAGUUGUGGCACCAACAGAGGGUGAAAUUCAAUGUUCCGACAGCCCAGGUGACAGUACACAUCUACUCGGACCUUCCGGAGGUGGCGAAAGAUGCGGCGAUAUUGCGACUGUGGUCGUGUGCGUUGAACCAGCGUUUGCAGACGCUGUUGUACAGUGCAAGCGAGGCGGGAUUCUCGUACUCAGUGUCGGCUUUGGAUCGUGGGUUGGAGAUUGCAGUUGCUGGUUUCAACGAGAAGUUGUUGCUGCUCUAUCAGGAGAUAGUGGACGUGCUAGCACAACCUUUGAUGGGCAGUAAUAAGGAGGGCCUUCUCACGGACACCAGUUUCGCCGUCUACAAGGAUCGCUUGCGUCAAAAAACAUGCAAUCAGGUGCUCAAUGCACGCAAGUUCACCACGUAA